AUGAGCAAUUUUUGGUCAUUUAUCGAUAAAGAUGGGAAAACUUGGCCGGAUAUGCCACCUACACCUAAUAGUGUGCAGCAGAAACGAAGGGAAGAAUUCAUCCGGCGAAGCACUGCACGUCAAAUGUGCAUCAAAGAGGCAUCAGCACGACGCCGGGCUUUAGCUGCCCAAAAACGUGAUGUUGCUAAGCAGCUUUUGAUUGGUAAAACGCAAAAUCGGGAUGCUAUCAAAGUUCUUGCUCGAAUGGACCGAGAGAUUUGCGCUUUUCCGCCCCAAGCGAUGAAACGUGAGACUGUUAGACGUGUUCACAGAACCCAGGAAUUUAAAGAAAAGAAAAAACAACGACGUGACGAAUAUGACGCACACGUUAAUCGAUUACUGGCAUAUUGUUACAGUCAGAAGCUUGAGAAGUACUGGCAGCGCCUGGAAUGUUUGAUCUUGGUGCUUGGUGAAUUUGAGCUGCUUCUAGGUCAUUUAGUAACUUUUAAGCUUCUACAGUUAUGCAGUUCAGAUUCAAUAAGCACCGAGAUCCAACAUUUCAGGCGUGGUUAGUACCCUAUCGUCUCCGGCGAUAUUAGCCAAACGAUGGAAUGUCCAUUGCUGGGAAGGGAAGAUUUAUUGAGCAAAUGCAUGGAUCUAUGUAUUACUGAUCAACUAAUUGACAUUUGGAAACUUGCCAACUGCUGUUUGGAAACCUACCAACUACUAAGAAACACACAAAUGACGAUUGAAGGAAUCAAUCACUGACUUCAUUGA